GACAACUAAUAAAGGAAGCAAAUAAAGAACUACAGAUACGAUGAUGAGAUCAUUAUCCAACAUGAUUAUGUACAUGGAGCAUAGUAGGGGGUUGAUAGUACCGAUCAUAUCACAACUACUGUCCGAAGCAAAGUACUUACUUGCUUUUGUCAUAUAUACCCAACCAAGUCACUACCUAUUGACCCAACUAUAUCCUAACUACCUAUGCCCCUUGCUAAGUUAUUUGUUGUAAGUUUGUAACUAAGAGCAAAGGUAGUUAAUGGGUUAGUUUGAUAGUAAUCUGUCUUAUGUACAUAGGAAAUUAUGUAUGCGUUAAGCGUUAUAUGCAUUAUGGUGAAGAUUGAAGAAGAAGAAAGCCAGAACAAGAUAACCAGCGAUCAUGACGACAAAGUCUGCAACGAUAUACAUCAUACUAACUACAAUAGUUA